GGGUCGGGUCGCGUUCGCUUUGGGAGGACAAAAUGUGGUGUCUACACAAUCCAUGUUUUUGUCCUAUCAUUCCACCAACGGAGGAACGUUGCUUGCGAGAUCUGUUUCUUUUUUAUUAGCAGUUUCGGUUUGGAUUUCGUUCUCGCUGCUUUUUCAUAAUUUUUUUUUUUUGUAACUGGCGCCACUGGCCCAGAUGCUCUUUGCUCUAUCUGGAUUGGUAUUUGAGCAAAAGUUGUGUUCUUGUUGUCGUUCCCUUAUCUGGGUUGGCUUCAGAUCUCUUUUGGCUUUUCUGAGUGUCGGUAUGCCAUUGAAUGAGCUUUUUCGUAUUGUAUAAGUUGCUACUUCUUUCACAAAAAAAAUAAAAAUGUAUAAGUGCCUACCGGAAAUUUUGAAUCCGUGAUGAAUACCCCUUUCCAUACGUAUUGAGACUUUGUGGCAUCGUUCUGUAUUGCAGAAGCGGGUAAGGAUUGAUUCAAGUGCUAAAGAAAUGAACUUGGCUGCGUGCUUGUCAACUUCUGUAGAUGUCAAAGGCCCCUGUCACGAGGGUAUCUUGUGUGCCAAUGUGGGUUUGGUACGGGCCUCCAAGCCCUUUUUGAAAGUUGGUUAUUUUACUAAGAAUGGAAGUGUUGGAGAAUCUUACCGGAAUGGUAAGAAGUUGGUGGUAGCUAGCCAGGUUGUUCCUGGACGCUUGCAGGAGUCCUUCAUUGGGAAAAAUCAGCUGCAGGAGCCUAUUCGAGAGGUGGAAUUCGUGAGGACACUAUUGAUUGACAACUAUGAUAGUUACACCUACAACAUAUACCAAGAGCUGUCCGUUGUCAAUGGGGUCCCUCCUGUGGUAAUUCGAAAUGAUGAAUGGACUUGGGAACAGCUGUGCCAUUACUUAUAUAAAGAAAAAGCAUUUGACAAUAUUGUCAUAUCACCUGGACCUGGGACUCCAACAUGUGCAGCUGAUAUCGGGCUAUGUCUCCGCUUGCUACUUGAGUGCAGGGAUAUUCCUGUUCUUGGUGUUUGUCUGGGCCACCAGGCCAUGGGUUAUGUGCAUGGAGCUCGCAUUGUACAUGCAACAGAACCAGUACAUGGACGCUUGAGUGAGAUUGAACACGAUGGGUGCAGAUUGUUUAAGGAUGUACCUUCCGGCACAAAAUCUGGCUUCAAGGUGGUACGUUAUCAUUCUCUUGUUAUUGAUGCGGAAUCUCUACCGGAGGAACUCAAACCCAUUGCAUGGACUACUUGCAGUGGGACCCAUUCCUUCCUUGAAACACAUAACUCGAGUGCCCUUCCUCAUGAUGUUGACCCCCAGAUUAAGCAUGAUGAUGUUUAUGAUAAUAUUUCACCAGCGAUGCAAGAUAUGAGUUCUCGGUCUUCUAAUUGCACAGAUGAAGUGCAAAGGAGACGAGUUAUCAUGGGCAUUAGGCAUUCUGCUUGGCCUCAUUAUGGAUUGCAGUUCCACCCCGAGAGCAUUGCAACUUGUCAUGGUAGAAAGAUUUUUGAGAACUUCAGGGAGAUCACUGAGGAUUAUUGGCAGGAAUUGAGGGGAGCAUCUAUCAAUGGGCAUCGUAUUCGUUACACCGGUAACCAGAGUUACUACAUGGCCUUUCAUUAUUAAUCGUCUCUGAGUGGUGAACCUUUCUUAGCACGUAUGCAGGUGCCAGAUGCUUCUCAACUAUUUAAAGUUCCCAGGAGCAGGCAGGUGCUAUGUAAUGGAAGUGCUAAGCCAUCUGGAGAUGCUUCUUUAAGAAGAGAAUUAAAAGGCGAUGCAUUUGACAACUGUGCUGGAAUGUCUAGUAGGCUGAACUCUGUUUCUGGAAUAGCUUGUAGUAAUAAGCAUUUGAAACUAAAAUGGAGGAAAUUGGAUAAAUUUGCCGCUUGCGUUGGAGCAAGAAAUAUAUUUUCUGGACUCUAUGGCGAGCUUGAAGCGAAGAAUACAUUUUGGUUAGACAGUUCGUCAGUAGAAAAGGACCGAGCACGCUUUUCUUUCAUGGGAGGUGUGGGCGGAUCACUUUGGAAGCAAAUGACAUUCAAGUUGUCAGACCAGAGUGAUAAGGCUUUUAAAGGCGGAGGUUACUUAUCAGUUGAAGAUUCUCAAGGGUCUACCAAAAGCUUAUUUUUGGAAAACGGCUUUCUCGAUUUCUUAGAUCAGGAGCUACAGUCGUAUGAUUACGAUGAAAAAGAUUUUGAGGGACUACCUUUUGAAUUUUACGGCGGAUACAUUGGUUACAUUGGGUAUGGCCUCAAAGCUGAAUGCAGCAGGCUAUCCAACAGACAUGAAUCUGCAACACCGGAUGCCUGUUUUUUCUUUGCUGACAACUUUGUAGUCAUUGAUCAUAGCACAGACGAUGUGUACAUAAUGUCAGUAAAUGAGGUAGGCACAAGCAGCUCAGAAUGGUUGGACGAUACUCAAAACCAGCUCCUCCACUUACACCCUACUGCUGCAGCUAAUGGAUCAAAUGGCAAGGUUCUGCAGUCUUCUACCACAUUUACUGCAGUCGAGGCUGGUUUUUGCGCUGAGAAAUCUAGAACGCAGUAUAUCGAAGAUGUUAAGAAGUGUCUGGACUACAUCAAAGAUGGCGAGAGCUACGAGUUGUGUUUCACUUCUCAGUUAAGGAAAACAGUAGGAGAUAUAGAUGCCUUGGGCCUUUACCUCCACCUGAGAGAGAAAAACCCUGCACCAUAUGCUGCAUGGCUCAAUUUCUCAAGUGAGGAUCUGUCCAUCUGCUGUUCUUCGCCAGAAAGGUUCCUUCGCUUGGACAGAGAUGGUGUGCUAGAAGCAAAGCCCAUCAAAGGCACGAUAGCUCGUGGCACAACAAAGGAACAAGAUGAACAACUUAAGCUUCAAUUACAGUAUAGUGAAAAGGAUCAGGCAGAGAACCUUAUGAUCGUGGAUCUUCUAAGGAACGAUCUAGGCCGUGUCUGUGAGCCGGGAUCUGUCCACGUUCCACGUCUCAUGGACGUGGAAUCCUAUGCGACAGUGCACACGAUGGUCAGCACCAUUCGAGGGCAAAAGAAGUCAAAUGUGAGUGCAAUAGACUGUGUUAAAGCUGCAUUUCCAGGGGGGUCAAUGACGGGUGCCCCGAAGUUGAGGUCGAUGGAGAUUCUGGAUGGUCUGGAAAGCUGUUCCCGUGGAAUCUACUCCGGUUCAAUCGGGUAUUUCUGUUACAACCAGAGGUUUGACCUCAACAUUGUGAUCAGAACAGUGGUGAUUCAUGAAGGCGAAGCUUCUAUAGGAGCAGGGGGAGCCAUUGUCGCUCUUUCGAAUCCUGAAGAUGAGUAUGAUGAGAUGCUGCUGAAAACUCGAGCGCCAGCUAGGGCUGUGGUUGAGUUUGAACAGUGAGAACAUUGCCAGUGACUCUUAGCAGUUGUUGUUGUACGCUAUCCCUGCUUUCCCUUCUUUUACAGUCGCCAUUCUUUUUUACUAGUUACAGGCGUUUAUUACAGAAGCAUAGCAACACGUUGUUUCUUUUUUGACAGACAUAGCAGACACAUAAAACCAUUCAGAUAAGGAACUCUUUUACUAUAUAUGUAUGUGCCAUUCAUGAAAGUCUGUAGGUUGAGUAAUUGGUUUCCUUGGGGUCUAGUUGAAUGCACAUGAUCCUGAUCGGGCCAAUUUAAAAUGAGAACUCUAGUAAAGUUGGGU